GUUUAUGUGUUAGUAAGUGUGUGUUGAGAAGCAUUUAACAUAGAUGGAAGCUAUUAUUCACAUAUACAAAUGUUGAGAAGCAUGUUGAGAAGCAUUAUCAUAGAUCUGUCAUAAAUAACGGUAAAAAUGAGUUCCAAUUCUGUACCGCAAAUUGAUCUCAACGACAAUUUUAAAGACCUCCGAAUAAAGUUAGAAAUUGACCCUUCAGAAGAGAUAGAAGCUGAAUUUAUAAGCAUCGAUCAAUUACGGCCUGUGGAUAUAGAAAGAUCAAACAUAGCAAACCUAUACCAUGAUGUUCUGCAAGAAGCUGUCAUCCUCUUUGGUUAUGCUAUUAAAUUUUCUCAAAAGCACGAAAAACCGAUACUUGGCCUGAAUAUCAUUCUUCCAAAAAUCGGCUGUUUCAUAGCUGGCAAAAAUGCGAUUGACAAAGUAUUCAAUGCUUUCAUCAUUCCAACUUAUCGAACUGACUUGAACGUUGUUAUACCAGACAUCAUAUCCAAAUACAAAUUGAACGCCCAGAAGAACAAAGUAGCUAAGCGUCUUGAAUAUUUUGAAUCUCAGGUUAAACGCUCUCUUCUCAUCUCAUGCCCAGUCGAAUUGGAUAAUUUUUCUUCGUAUAUAGUUGUUCAAGUUCAUGCAGUGAGAGGUGUAGUGUCAACGGUAUCCAAUUUGAGCUUUGAUUGUAACAAAGAAACAACCAAAAGAAAUGUCCACACAUUUAUAGAUAAAGAUGAUGCAGUUGCAAAGGCUAUCAUGGAAAUGUUUCCUCAUUCUGUAGCCAGUUUUAGGCAAACUGGACAAAAUUAAUUUGAAUGAUUGUUAUUUUCUGAAUAUGUUUUCUUUACAAUUAAUACAAAAGCGAACUUGAAAGAAAAUUAUCUUACGGACGCGUGCUAAUGUAUAUUAAGUUAGCGCCGCUUACCUAUCAACCGACACAAACAACAGAAGAUGAAAAAAAAUGUACGUGGAAUACUUAAAUAAAUACGAGUAAUAAGAAAAA